AUGGGGCGGAAGGGCAGCGCAAAUGGAACAUCGCGUGCAUCGGGACUAGUUAAUGGCCCUGACUUCUCUGAUGCUGUCAAAGAAAGUGAAACUGCUAUGUUUGGCCGGCCAAAGAAACUCAAAAAGGGAAGAAAUCGCCGUGAUCAGAGUUCGGACGAAGACACGGCUCCUCUUGCUGCCGCAAAAAGGCCCGCGGCGACAGUAUCAGAGGAGUUCGACGGUGCGACGGAAAAGUCGUUCAUCAAUCAAACGAGGUCGCAGAAGCGCAAACAAAAGAAAGAAAGGAAAGAUAUCGGAGGAAAGGGUCGAACUUUUCAUGGAUCAGACGACGAUGAUGUGCUCACCCUUGCGGCGCUGGCAAACAGUUCCGACGAGAUGUCCGAAGAAGACGAGAAAUCGCGCAACAAAAUCAACAAGAAGAGUAAACCUAAGAAACUAGGGCAGGUUAAGUUUGGUUUUGCUGCUCUCAUGGGUGCAGCCACGGACGAGGAUAAGAGCGAGAAUUCAGAUGGCGAUGGCGAGGUUGAUGUCUCCAGCGCUUCUUUCUCGGGUUUGAGCGACAAACGUGGAUCGGCUACAAAUUUCGCUGCUUUGCUCGACAACUCGGACGAUGAUGAGAAGAGUGCACACGAAGAAGCGACCCCGGCUAGGAAUCCGGCAACGGUCCUUGAGCCUGGGCUGAAACACGUAUCUGAGUUUUCCUCCGCUGACGAUGAACCCGCGCUUCUCAUCAAGAAGAAAAAGAAAAAGAAAGUCGAUCUGACUUUCCUCGUGGGGGCUGAGGGAAUAAGCGACUCCCCUCUUUUGAUCGCUGAAAUAAUUGACUGCAAUCAACACCCGAACGCAGAUAAACUGAUGGUAUGCACUCUCGAUUGGGGUGGCAAUGAGCCAGCACGAGUUGUGUGUGGUGCUCCGAAUGUUAAAAGCAAAUUGAAGGUCAUUUUUGCUCGUGUCGGUGUCAAAAUUCCUUCCACAGGAGAGGUGAUUACCAGGAGGCCACUAAAAGGUGUAAUGUCUGAGGGAAUGAUACUGUCUGCAGCGGAAAUGGGUUGGACAGAAAAUGCUAUCGGAGUUGUCGAGUGCCCAAGGAAAUCUGUUGUUGGCGAGCCUGCGCCCAGAGAUCCACCCCCGGAUCUAGCCAUGGCGGAUCCUGCGGCGAAAAAAAAAGGAAAAAAAGAAAAAAAAGAAAAAAAAGAAAAAAAAGAAAAAAAAGACAGUAUACCUCUUUGCUCCGUGACUGCAAAUGCAAAUGGGGGCAUCGUUUCUGACCGUGAAGAGGAUGAUAACUGUCCUGAGCCUGAGAUGGCAUGCGAAUCUGUCCGCCCACAGCCCUCAAUCGAAACAGACCAAAAGAAAAAGAAAAAGAAGCCUUCGGAUAAUAAUAGCACAGCUACAAUGAAACAUGAUGACGAUCUUGAUGCACUAUUUGCUGAGCUCGGUAUCGAAAGCAACAACAACCUUAAUGAGGGCCAUGGCGAGUCGAAGGCUGCCAGAAAGCGGCGCGAGAAAAAAGAAAGGGAAGCUGAAGCUGAUUCAACUUUUUCAGGAACGGACAUCCGUGAUGGCAAUCCUAAAGUGGCAAGCCAGGGGGACCUCGUCGGCUCAAAAUCUGACAGCGAGGGAGGCAUGUGGGAAAAACAGCUCGCGGAGCUUGAGGCAAGGCAGUCGCGCGGAGACCAGCUCACUGAUGCUGAAAAAAAUAAGUUGAAGAAGCUUAAGAAAAAAUCGAAGGAAAAGGAAAAAAAGGAAAGGAACAUCGCGAAUCUGAGCAACAGACCAAAAGUUUCCGCCGCAGUUCUCAAGAUGCAGGAGAACUUGCGUCUCCGCGACGAAGCCGCUGCUGCAGAUGCAGCAGCAGCUGCUGCUGAAGAAGCCAGGAUAAAAGCAGAGGAAGAGGCUGAAUCUAAGAGGAAAGCAGACGAGGAUGCAAAAAAAGCCGCGAAGAAGGAGAAGGAACGUUUGAAAAAGGAACAGCUCCGGGCCGAAGGAAAGUUGCUCUCUGCAAAACAGAAAGAGGAACAGAAGCGACUUGAGGCCAUGCGCGCACAACUGCUUGCAAACUCCAACAUUUCGUGUGCUCCAGAUCAUACCCCAACUAAAAGAUCGAUCAGUGAUGACAAGAAGAAGAAGAAGGCUAUGGCGGAGAAGAGGCGCCAAGAGGCAGAAGCCACCCGCCAAGCGGCAGAAACUGUGACAACGGUAGCCUCCAAGCACCAGGCAAAGACCUUUGAUGCAGAGGGCGUUGUGAUUGCAGAGGAAUCGGACGAAGCUGAGGAUGAUUGGGAUGCAGUUGAUAAUUUAGACGACUUGGUCAAAAUAUCCGGCAAGAUCCAGGCGAAUCAUGAACUACAAGAAGAAGCUGCACAAAUGGCCAUGGAAGACAGCCGGCAAGAGCCGAAUACCAAAGAGAAUCCCAUCAGAAGUACGACAACACCUCAGUCCCAUAAGAUAUCCACGGCGCCAACUGAUGGCAAGGUGGAUGACAAGAUCUUCCAAGCGACUGUCUUGCACGGGCAGCCCUCGGCUCAUCAAAACAGCGAGGACUUUGACAUAAAUUCUGGAGAUGAAUCUGGAGAGAGCUCAGAUUCAUCUUCACACUCCAAUGCUGCAUCAGGAAGUGUAGAUUCAAGUGACCUAUCAUCGAGCGACUACAGCUCGUCGGACGAGUAUAGUGAUUCAGACGAGGAUCAUGAAUUGCAAACUCGGAUAGCAACAGCAAGAACUGCCCGCCUGUUGCGAUUUGAGGUUGAAAAAAACAAACGCUCAAAGGAUCGACUCCGUUGUCCAAUCAUAUGCAUCAUGGGACAUGUCGACACCGGCAAGACAAAAAUUCUGGAUAAUAUUCGAAGAACAAAUGUGCAGGAUGCGGAAGCAGGUGGUAUCACACAGCAGAUCGGAGCUACGUUUGUCCCUGACAAUUCAUUGAAGGAUCGCACUUAUGCACUGAACAAGGGGAAACUUGACAUCAAAGUUCCAGGUAUUCUUGUAAUCGACACCCCUGGCCAUGAAUCUUUCACGAACCUUCGAAACCGCGGGUCAUCUUUGUGCGAUAUGGCUAUUCUUGUUGUGGACAUCAUGCAUGGGUUGGAACCUCAGACCUUGGAAUCGUUAAAUAUGCUGCGAAUGCGAAAGACGCCAUUUAUCAUAGCACUGAACAAGAUUGACCGUAUGUACGACUGGAAAGCGCAAACAAAUGCUGCCGCAAGGGACAGUCUUGCAGAUCAGAAGCAGCACUCGAGGUCCGAAUUUGAGGAUCGCGCCCGGAAAAUUAUGCUGGAGUUUGCCAAAGAAGGUCUCAAUGCAGCGUUGUACUGGGAGAACCCCGAUGUGCGGACUUUUAUCAAUGUUGUGCCCACCUCUGCCAUUACAGGAGAGGGAAUUCCGGAUUUGCUCCAUACUCUUGUCUCUCUCACACAGACACGUCUGAAUGUCCAGCUUCAAUUUUUCAACGCUGUGCAAUGCACUGUGCUUGAAGUUAAAAUGAUAGAGGGGUUGGGAACAACCAUGGACGUCAUCCUCAUCAACGGUACGUUGAAUGAGGGCCAGACCAUAGUAGUAGCCGGUUUAGAAGGGGCGAUCGUGACAACCGUGCGCGCGUUGCUGACCCCCCAACCGUUGAGGGAGAUCCGCGUCAAGGCGAAUUAUCAACAUCACAAAGAGAUAUCUGCAGCGAUGGGAAUCAAAAUAGUGGCACAAGGCUUAGAAAAAGCAGUUGCCGGGACAUCUUUGCUUGUUCAGAAUCCUGAAGAUGACCUAGAUGAACUCAAAGAAGAAGUUCUAAGCGAUAUGAAGAAUGUACUCGCUCGUGUGGAUAAAUCAGGCGAGGGGGUCUACGUGCAAGCCUCUACACUGGGUUCUUUGGAGGCACUUCUCGAGUUUCUCAAAUCACCAGCAGUGAACAUUCCUGUCGCUGGGAUCGCCAUCGGCCCUGUGAACAAGCGUGACGUAAUGGGUGCAUCCGUCAUGCACGAACGGAAGUGUCCAGAAUUUGCAACGAUUCUCGCCUUCGAUGUUAAGGUGACAGAAGAGGCGUUCAAGAUGGCGGCCGAGCUAAAUGUCAAAGUCAUGACGGCGGACAUCAUUUACCACCUCUUUGAUCAGUUCACGGCUUUCUUGGAGGAAAUAAAGCAGAAGAAGAGAGAGGAGGCUGCUGAGCGCGUGUCAUUCCCUUGUGUUCUCAAGAUCAUGCCGAACUGCAUCUUCAAUAAGCGAGACCCUAUUGUCGUGGGUGUCGAUGUACUCAAGGGUAUUGCUCGCGUUGGCACACAGCUUUGCAUUCCAUCUCAAGGAUUCAUUGAUAUUGGAAAAAUUGCGUCAAUGGAACACAAUCACAAACAGGUCGAAAAAGCCCUUCCGGGUCAGAGUGUUGCUAUGAAAAUUCAGGCAGUAUCAAGCGCAGAGUCAAGCCGAUUAUAUGGAAGGCAUUUCGACCACAAAGACGAGCUCGUCAGCCGCAUUACACGCGAAUCAAUCGACAUGCUGAAAGAUAACUUCCGAGACGAGCUCACAAAAGAUGAUUGGCGACUUGUUGUUGAACUGAAGAAAAAAUUCGAGAUCUUUUAUGGCGAGCCAAUGUGA